AUGUCAACACCAGGCGCGUCAGCCCCUUUGACUUUUGUCGUCAAUGAAAGGGUUCUCUGCUACCAUGGACCCCUCGUUUAUGAAGCCAAGGUCCUUAAGACAACAGUUUUUGACGAAACGACCACACUCACCGGCGUCAUGGGCCCUCAUUAUUUCGUGCAUUACAAGGGAUGGAAACAAACGUGGGACGAAUGGGUCCCUGGUCACCGUCUCCUCAAGCUAAACGAGACAAAUAUCGCGUUGCAAAAGCAACUGCAGGCAAGCAAUGCGCCUAGUGCUCAGAGCGGUUCUACAUCAGCAAAGGUACAGAAUAAAAGCGUUGCCGGCGGCUCGAUAAAGGACGGAGCAAGUACUCGAGCUGGGGCGAGGAAAGACGGGACUCGAGGGACGAAGAGGGCCAGGGAGGAGGACGAGAGCAGCAGAAAGCCUGAUAUACGGUUCAAUGUCCCAGAAAUCCUCAAGGUCAAACUAGUUGACGACUGGGAAGCGGUGACGAAAAACAAUCAGCUUGUAUCACUCCCACGCAGCCCAACCGUCGCAGAAAUUCUAACAAGUUUUUCGGAUCACGUACUCAAGACAAAGCCUCCGCACAUCCGUGAACCAGGGCUUGUCCUUCCAACGAUUCUCUCAGGCCUUCAAUGCUACUUUGACCGUGCCCUUGGCGCCAACCUUCUUUACCGUUUUGAAAGGCCCCAAUACGCUGAGAUCCGGAAACAAUAUUGGACUGGUCCGAAGGUUGUUGCGGGCCAGGAAAAGGAAAUGAGUCAGAUAUAUGGGGCGGAGCAUUUGCUGAGGAUGCUUGUGAGUCUUCCCAAUAUGAUAGCUAGCUCCUCUCUAGAUGCGGAGUCGGUUCACUUGGUGCGGGAUUAUGUUAGCGAGUUGCUUUUGUAUAUGGUUCACGAGCAGGAAAAGAUAUUUCUAACAGAGUACGAGAGUGCUAGCCUUGCAUAUCAGAGUAUUUCGAGAUCAUAA